CCGGCCUCAGGACACCACCGACCCCCUCUCCCCCAAAGACAGCACUGACCACGCCCCGCCCCUCCUUCGCUGGUGUUUUUUGUUGACCGACUUUAAAGCGCAUCCCUGCCUUAAAGGCGCAUUCCCGUGACAGAGCUGGCCCCUCACCCUCCCUGAGGAGAGGGAGGCUCCCCAGCCACACAGGUGGGAGAAAGAAGGGAUCAGCAGAGAUCAGGUGUGGAACCAGAGUAUACAUCAGGGACACUGUGGGUAUAGGUGUGCGCAAGCAGAAAAGACGGCUUUCAUUCAAGCUCCUAAAACUACAGUGCUGCUGCUUUGGUUAGGAGACUUCAAACAGGAUUACUGACACAAAAAGCGUGGACUGAAACGGGCAACUUCAGAUUUGAGCAGAAUACAUCAAGGCUACUACGUGAGCUCGACACCUGCCAUUACACUCAGUAAACCGGAGAAGGGCUUCACAGCAGAUGUUCGUAGCAAGUCUUUCCAUAACAAAAGAUAAAGAGAAGAUGAGUUGCUUCAAAUUUUUGAAGAUGAUGAUGAUCUGCUGCAAUUGUAUCGUCUUUCUCGGAGGCAGUGCUAUAUUGGGAGUUGGAGUCUGGGUGAAAGUGGAUGGUGGUUCCUUCCUUGAUAUCCUGGCAAAACUAGCACCACAGCUGAAGCAAUUGGUGAAUGUGGGGUAUCUCUGCAUCGCCAUAGGGGCCUUCUUAGUACUGAUUGGUUUCCUGGGUUGCUACGGAGCUGUGAAGGAGAACAAGUGCAUGUUGAUGAUAUUUUUCAUCAUAGUACUACUGAUCUUCAUAGCUCAGAUUGCGGGUGCUGUGGUUAUCCUUGCAUUCUCUGGCUUGGCUGACAUUUUUAUUACUUACAUUCGGAUCUGGGCAGUGAAAUCGAUCAAAGAUGAAUAUGGCAAAAGUUCAGACAUAACUACACUAUGGGAUACAGUGAUGAAUGAGUUCAAGUGUUGUGGAUUCAAUGACUUUGAUGAUUUUACAAACUCACCUUUCUACAAUAAUUCAUUAAAUAAGUAUCCCAAGCAUUGCUGCAAAUCUCAAUCGCAUUGUUUUGGUGGCGACAUUAAUCAUUCUGUGAUGGGUUGCUACAACUCACUUCUUGACUUUCUGAAGACCAACACCAAGAUUCUUGGUAUCGUGGCUUUGGGAAUUUGUGUGCUGGAGAUAGGGGCAAUGGCAGCAUCCAUGGUAAUGUACUGUCAAAUCAGAAAAGAGGAAAAGAGCGUAUGAAUAUGGAGAAGGAAUUACACACUUGGCAUUUAACUUUACAAUUUGUGUUUCUUUAAAUUGCAUUGGUUUAAUAUUAGACAAAAGAAUGUUUGUUGCCAAUAAACUAGAAAGCUUCACAAUGCCUAUCUAUUAAUGUACAACAUGUGCACAGGAUGUCAGUGGAACAAGAAUGUGAUCUCUUCCAGCCAUGAUCCCAUUUUUAUUAAGGUUUCCUAAUAUCUGGGUUUUGGACUGACAGUCCCAUUUUCUCAGUAGAAUGGAAUUAUGUAAACCAUUACAACGUAGUGACAUUCAUUAUUGUAAUCUUUAAUACUUGUAAUUAAUUUUUAAUAUUAGCAAAGUCAAUCUCAGAUACCUAAUUUCGCCCCUCCAUUUUUUUGUCUUGACCUUGAACAAAGAUAGCAACUCCAGCUAUAACUAAAAUCUGCCUCCCUGCUUCCAUCAAGAAAAUAAUUAAAGAUGUAGAAUAAAAAGAUUGGAGCCUGCACUUAGCAAAUUGUCCAUUAUGGUAAUUGUCUCAUUUCAUUAAAAUAAGUGGGGAAACCAGACAUUUCUAGAAGACAUUACAUCAGCAGUGUUCAUCUUAGGUAACUUUGCGUCUGAUACAAUUCAAAUGGGUUAGAUAGGAUUUGCACUAGAACACAAAAAUGAAUUGAAAUUUGGCUAUUUUUUGGGUGCUGGAUAACCUCCUAAAUAUUCUGUGACAAGCUAGAAGCACAAAACACAUUUCCUUCUAAAAGUGCACUGCUCACCAUAUUGGAUAAGAUUGCUGUGCUGACAGCUGGAAUGUAUUUUGGGAAUGAGAACAUUCAAAUUUAUUUAUUUAAAUUAAUGCCCUUUGCUUCUUACAUGACUUGUUCUUAAUUGUUAAAUGCCCUGCUGUUUCACCUGUCUCAUAUUGAACUUGUACAGCAUUUAGUAAUAACUGGCAGGAAUGCUCCUACAUUUACCUGACUAAGGAGACACAAGCAGCAGCCUUACAUCACUCCCAAUCCUACAUUUGAGACAAUAUAGGAAGACCAACUCCAUCAGCUUUGGAUCACAUUCUAAACCAGCACUCAUCUUCUCUCCUCAUGUACCUAAGCUUGAUCAUCAGCAAUAUUUUACCUGGCCAGAUAACUGUUACUCUGUAGCACACUCAUCCAUAGCCCAGUAUCAGCAAGUACUUGAACUUCUAGCUCAAAGCCUUUUAAGCAAAACAAGAGCAUUCCUCAGACUGUUACAGAUAAUCAGAUUCCUUUCCACAUGAAGAGCAGCAUAAUAUGCUAAUAGUUCACACAUUCUACAAACAGGUUUCAUAUGAGUUAGUUUAGUUCAAGAUUUGCUUAUCACUAUUCAGGGCAGAUGAGACAAAAAUAAUUUAUAGUCCUGAUAGAAAAUAUCUACAAGACAAACAAAAUGUGGAUUUUCUUUUGAUUCUUAAAUGCAAUGGAGGGUAACAAUCAUCAGUUAAAAUCUUAUAAGAACCUUGCUUAUAUUGGAAAACAUAAAAACUAUUAAAAUAACAUGUUGCUAACUACAUAAUAGUGAUUAUUGCAAUGCCCACAAUCAAACAAAUAUAUUGUGUUGUAUUAAAUGUAAAAUAUUCAUUUUUUUCUGCAAAGAUAAAAAUUCUCUCCUACAAUAAUGCACUUUAUACAUUCUGAAGUUACAGGGGGUUAAGGGGUAGUGGGGGAAAUGAGGGAAAUGAUAUGCUCCCCUGUCUAAGUUAUCCCUCCAUAGAGUGAUACAUUCCAACCACAGUGCUGGGUGAGCUGGAUGACUUCUAAGAACUGCAUGCAACUGUGCAACUACUGCCUUCUGAGACCAGCAUUCAAGUUCAAAAGCUUUUACAGAAUAUAGAAUGGAAAAUGAAUGACAGCUGUGCCCUCUCAAAACAGUUAGAAAUAUUACUAAUUUGUCUAGAAAGAUGCAGCUCAAUAUGUUUCCCAAACAUGGUUUGUCACUUCUUAAAAGUUUGCAGCAAAUUCAAAUUGAUACAGAGAAAGUUAUUUCUAUCUAAACAACUUGACUAUCAAUAGGUUGAGAAAGGAGUACUUUCAUAACACUGAAGUCCAUCUAUGGAUUACUGAAUAAAGUAGCUGACAAUGCAGCUGUGAAAGACCUGGUUCUCAAUUGCAAAUAAAUACUGCUGUGGAAAAAAUGGAUUAAUCAUCAACAGUGACUUUAAAAACACAUGAGUUUAGUUUUGUUUGACGUAUGUACAGAGAUGUUAUAACUUAAUUUACAUCUUGCUUAAGCAAUCCCAGAGUUAAAUCCGAUUUUUUUCUUUGAUGUUAAUAGGAGCUGCAGGUUUAUUACAGGAAACAAAUGUUUCAUGUUUGGAAAAGGCAGUGUAUUGAUAGAGUAAUACUCUCCUGCUCAAAAAUAAAUGAUAUUAUGUGGUUCCAAAUUAAGAAUGCAAAGAAAUGUUACGUGAUAAGACACAAAAUUUUUAAAUUUGAAAAUUAGUCAAGAAAAGGAAUUAUAAAGUUAAAGUAGAAUCUUUUAGGAAGUAACAGACUUUUUUUAAAAGAAUAAAUCUUCUGAUUGUAUUUUUAAUAUUCACAGUUCUGU